UAGAAGGAGGACUCAUCAUUGUUGUCAUUGCUACACCCCUCAAACCUGACAAACUAUACAAAUUAGAAGAAAAACUUGCUUGUACCGCUUGUUACAAAACAUACUAUGAAGCUCUUGACCUAGAAGACCCCAGAAGCCAGGAAUAUUACAAUACAGGACUUGGUAGAGGAACUCUUGUCCGAU